AUGUCAGAAAGCUUUGAAGAAAAGCUAAUCGACCAGGUUCGGAACUAUCCACAUCUUUAUGAUGUGUCGUUACCACUGCACAGCGACAAGUAUGCUUGUCAGAACAGCUGGAGGGAGAUCAGUGACAACAUACAAAGCGACGCCGAGACGUGCAAAAUAAAAUGGAAACAAGUCCGAGACCGCUACGUCAGGGCUCGAAGGAAGAUGAUGGAGAAACGGAGUGGGGACGGUGCAGACGGCGUGUUUUGUCCAGCUAUCGUCAGACGCCUGGGUUGGCUCAGCAGUUUUAUAAACCACCGUUCAACCGAGACCAACUUCCCACAAAGCAGGCCCAUGUGUAAUGAAGAGACCACGACUCCUUCACCUGGAAGCACACCUGAACCAGAUCCUUCACCUGACCCAUCUACCUCAUCUCAGACCACUUCAGGACCCAGUACAUCUUCCAGAACACCCACCGCUCCAAGAAAGAAGAAAAGACCCAAAGAGCUGGAUCCUGUGGAUGCUGCCCUCCUCCAGAGGCUGGCAGAGGUUAGAGAGGAAGCUCGUGCAGGUCACAACAUCUACACAACCUUUGGAAGCUACAUGGGUAUGUUCCUUCAGCAGCUGGAUCCGCAUGAUGCACAAAGACUCAUGAAGGAAGUUAAGCAGCUCAUGCAAUGUUAUGAGUAG